AGAGACAGUGGAAAAAGCAGUGUUGGAUAUCAAAGUGUCUUUGCUGGGAGAUUCGUCUGUGGGCAAAUCCAGCAUCACAUCUUCGUUCCAUGAGAAACUCGUGGAGUUUGAGCCUAAAGCAACCAUCUGUUUUGAAUUCUCAUCCAAACUGGUCAGCUACGGCGAUGGGUCAAAGGUCAGAUACACCAUCUAUGACACGGCUGGCCAGGAAAGGUUCCGCAGCGUCAUGCCAAACUGUAUCCGGAACAUGGACGCUGUCAUCGUUGUCUAUGACAUCACCAACAAGGAAGGCAAACGAAAGGCAGAAUUCAGUAAUUCGUUUUUCCUGGAAACGUCCGCGGUGACCGGAGAAAAAGUGGAUGCCAUCUUUCAAGAGUUGUCAACGACAAUUCGAGAGAAGAAAAUCAAUGAACUGUUCCAUGGUGCUCGUAUUCCCCUGCACGAGAUGGCGGUCCGACUGUCUGCCAACACCCUUCAACAGCGCCAGGGCAGGUCGCCAUGUUGUUGA